AUGAAAUCUAGAAACUUCAAGUCGCCAUUUGCUUGCUACUGGAGAACUUUCUCUAGAUUGUCUUUUCUUCUUGGACUACUUUCCAUAUUCCUUGUCAUAAUUUGGAAGCAAGGCAAAGAGCAAUGCAAAUGUCCAGUAAUAGAAAAAUCUGGAUUUCAGGAUGCAGAAGAAAAGGAGACCAUCAACCUGGAAAAUGUUAUAGGGAAGAUGCCACGAAAUCCAAAUUUCACUGUAAUAGAACAUGUGAUGGGUCCCUUACCUAUACCAUAUAAAUAUCUCUUGGGAUAUCCUCCAACUAAAAAAAAAUUCUUGACCAUUGGAAUCUCGUCUGUCCAUAGAGAGAGAGAACAAUAUUUGCUGAGGACUCUUGAGUCCAUUUUCAGCCACUGCAAGCCAGAAGAACGGGAUCUGAUCACGAUCGUUAUAUACCUAGCCAAUAAUGAUUCUAAAUUAAAUGAGCAAAGUGCCAAGGAAAUUGAGGCUCAGUUUGGUGAGCUUGUGAAUGAAGGGCGACUCCUUGUUAUAGAAAGCUCUUUAACUGGUUAUCCCCCUUUAAGUCGUAUGAAAGGGAUUUUCGCGGAUACUGAGGGGAAAGCACUGUAUCGAUCCAAACAAAAUGUGGACUAUGCUUAUUUACUUAACUUUUGUGCCAAUCUGUCUUGGUAUUAUUUGAUGCUGGAAGAUGAUAUUGUCUGUGCCAACAGUUUUGUAUUGAUUAUACAAAACUAUGUCAAAAUGGAGGCGAAAUCUUGGACCACUGUAGCAUUUUCAAGCCUGGGCUACAUAGGAAAACUCUACCAUAGUUCAGAUCUUGUUAAACUGGCCCGGUUCCUCUUGAUGUUCUAUGAUCAGAUGCCUGGAGACUGGCUUCUUCAGCUUUUCCACAAAUCCCAGACUCAGGAAGACCUUAUUAUCUUUAGGCCUUCUCUCUUCCAGCAUGUAGGUAGAACGUCUUCAUUUCAUAAUAUGGAAAACAAGUUGCAAGACUCCGAGUUUCAAGAAGAUAAUGGAGAUUUGGGAGAUUUCCCUUUUGCUUCGUGUUUCACAAACAUACCUGUAUUUGAAGAUUACAUACCGGAGAAAGUGUGUCCCCCCGCAAAAGGGCUUUUUUGGGGAAAGAACAUUACAUCACAGAGCUUCUUCACCGUUGUUUUUGCAUCCCCAAUCGUUCCUCAAAAGAUUCAGAUUUACACCGGGUCAGCUGAAUAUAACAAGGACAUUCUGCAGUCUGGUUAUGUAGAAACUGGGAGACUCAAAAUCCAUACCCAGGAUGGUAUGACAUGUUUGCUUUUUGUCCAUCUAGGGAAUUUUCACAAUGGACUCUUUGAAAUGAAAGGUAUCAGUAGCGUGGAUGAUAUAGAUUGCCUUCGAAUACAAGCCACAGCUCCACAACAGCAAUGGCUACAAAUAAGGAGAAUUAGUGUUUGGGUGAAGGAUAAUUAA